AUGACUUCCAAGUAUUAUACCCAAACUAUCUCUUCUGAGCCUGGGAAGGGAUCGUGUGUCACAGGUGGUGCUUUCACUCGGCUUUCUUCAGUCUGCUCUGGUAGUCCUUCCAGGUUUCCAGGUCUCUCAUAUGGUGGAAGACAUAGUUCAGCUUCUUCUGUUAAACUGGGAUCUUCUGGAUUAGGAAGCUGGUUGCCUAGUUCUUUUCUACCCUCUGGUUAUUAUGGCCCAGGGUUUGCUGGAUGGUGUGAUGAAGGGAUUUUCAAUAGUAAUGAAAAGGAAACUAUGCAGUUCCUCAAUGACCGCCUGGCUUGCUAUUUGGAGAAAGUGUGUCACCUGGAGCAGGAGAAUGCUGACUUGGAAUGCAAGAUUCGUGAGUGGUAUGAAUGUCAAGUCCCCUACGUAUGCACUGAUUUCCAGGCUUUCUAUAAGACCUUGGAGGAGCUUCAGCAACAGAUUUUGUAUGCCAAGACAAACAAUGCCAAGUUGGUCUUGCAGAUCGACAAUGCCAGGCUGGCUGCUGAUGACUUCAGAACCAAGUUUGAAAGUGAACAAGCUAUUCGCCAGAGUGUUGAUGCUGACAUUAAUGGCCUGCGUAGAAUUAUGGAUGAACUUACUCUAUGCCGAGCUGACUUGGAGAUGCAACUGGAAUCCCUGAAGGAGGAACUGCUCUGUCUCAAAAAAAAUCAUGAGGAGGAAGCCAGCGCACUGAGAUGUCAGCUUGGUGCCAGAGUCAAUGUGGAAGUUGAUGCUGCUCCAUCAUGUGACUUGAAUAAGGUGCUAAAUGAUAUAAGAUGUCAGUAUGAGAACUUGGUUGAAAACAACCGCAAAGAUGUUGAGGCCUGGUUCUCAACCAAGAUGGAAGAACUGAACCAGCAAGUGAUCUCCAGUGGAGAACAGCUGCAGUGCUGCCAGACAGAGAUUACUGAUCUGAGACGUACUAUACAGGCCCUGGAGAUUGACCUGGAAGCCCAGACAAGCAUGAAAUCCACUCUUGAAUGCACCUUGCACAAAACUGAAAACCGCUAUGCCUCCCAGCUGGCCCAUCUCCAGUGCCUGAUCACCAACAUGGAAGCCCAGCUAGCUGAACUUCGAUGUGACAUGGAACGCCAAAACCAAGUAAAGGUUCUUCUUGAUAUCAAGACCCGCUUGGAGACUGAGAUUGCCACCUACCGCCGGCUACUGGAAGGGGAGGACUGCAAACUUCCCAGUUUCCCGGGUGUCCCAGAUUGUGCACCAGCUUCCCAAAUCACUACAAAAAUCCGCACCGUCACUGAAGAGAUUAAGGAUGGGAGGGUCAUUUCUUCCCGAGAACAAGUCCAGCAUUGCCCCCCUUUAGUACUCUAAGGCAAAAUAUAAGGAGACAAGCCACUGCUGCAAAAGUGACAGGGAAAAUGCGUCCUACUCAAAUGCUGAAAAAUAAAGGAUCUUUAUUAGUAAAAUUCUGUUUUCUUGCAUGUGUUCAACUUCUCAAAACGUUGGUACAUGUAUCCAUUUUCAAAAUGUCUUUUACAUUAGGUUUCCAGUUUUC